AUGAAUAGUAAAGCUUUGGAUGAUCCUAGCCAAAGAGAGAAUCUAUUUCACUUCAAAUGCUUCAUCAAGGAUAGUGUGCGUUCUUUAAUCAUUGAUAGUGGGAGUUGUGCAAAUGUUGCUAGUAUGGCGUUAGUGGAAUUCUUGAAACUUCCUACCACUAAACAUUCUACGCCUUACAAACUUCAAUGGUUGAGUGAGUGUGGAGAAUUGAGGGUGCAUCAACAAGUGAUGAUCAAGUUCAAAAUUGGGAUGUAUCAAGAUGAGGUUCUAUGUGAUGUAGUCCCAAUACAAGAUUGUCAUGUGCUACUCGGUAGGCCUUGGCAACAUGAUCGCUCAACCAAACAUGAUGGGAGAACCAACAAGUAUUCACUUGUGUUGAAUGAUCAUAAGUAUGUUCUUCAUCAUAUGUCCCUUUCUCAAGUCAAUGAUGUAUAUCAAACGAUGAGUGAGUCGAAGGAGAAGAAGAAGUGUGAAGAGGAACAUGUGGAGGCCGAGAGCCAAGAAGAGGAGGAGAGAAGGAAGGAUCAUGUGCUACAAACUAACCAAUCUCAUUCUUCUCUUCCCAAUUCUAUUUCCUUUAUUUUGCACGACUAUGAGGAUGUCUUCCCUAAGAAGCUUCCAAGUGGAUUGCCCCCUCUUAGGAUAAUUGAGAACCAAAUUGAUUUCGUGCCGGGAUCACAAUUGCCAAACAAGACGGCUUAUCGAAGCAAUCUGGAAGAUACCAAGGAGCUACAAAGUCAAGUUGAGGAGCUCCUCAACAAAGGUUAUGUGAAGGAGAGCAUAAGUCCAUGUGUCGUGCCAGUUUUAUUGGUUCCAAAGAAAUAUGGAACAUGGUGCACGUGUGUUGAUUGUUGA